AUGAAACUUUUUAAACUUAUAGUGCAUCAAAAAAAUUUCAGCAGUGAAGAUCUUAUUAUUAAUCCAAAAGAUUUUCCUACAGUGAAAAAGGGAGAUAUUGUGGAAAUAUUUCAUCCAGAAGAUGAAUUCAGUAGACUUUUACUUCAGAUCACUUCAUUUAAAGAAGAUUUACAAACAAGAGAGGCUGUAAGUGUUGAACAGACGAUUGCUUCCACAUUUCAACUUCGUACAUAUGCAGAUGUUUACAUGAAUGUUGUCAAUCCUGAGAGUGUUGCAUUAGAUUCUAUUGAAUUGACAUUUAAAGAUCAGUAUAUGGGAAGAUCAGAAAUGUGGAGACUAAAAAACAGUUUGCUAAAUACCUGUGUCUAUCUAAAUAAAAAAAUUGAAUUUUGUGGAGGCAGUAUAAGAUGCCAGGUACAUGAAAUGUGGUCCCAAGGAGAUAGGGUUGCUUGUGGUGUAAUUGCUGAAGACACAAAAAUUGUAUUUAGAUCAAAUACCAGUAUGGUUUACUUAUUUAUUCAAAUGAGUUCAGAAAUGUGGGAUUGUGACAUUAAUGGUGACUUAUACUUUGAAAAAGCUGUUAAUGGAUUUUUGUCUGAUCUUUUUCAAAAGUGGAAGAAAAAUGGUUGUUAUCAUGAAGUUACAAUAGUGCUUUUUUCUAGAACUUUUUAUGAAGCUCAAGAUUUAGAAAAGUUUCCAAUUUAUAUGAGAGAAUGCUUGCAACAGGAUUAUAAAGGUCGCUUUUAUGAAGAUUUCUACAGGGUAGUCGUGCAAAAUGAAAGAUAUGAUGAAUGGACCAGUACUUUGGUUCAGCUUCGAAAAUUAUUUACAGAAUAUCAUACAAAGGUUGUAGAAUAUCAUAAGAGAGAUGGGAUUGAAAUACCGAGAGCAGUGAAUUCGACUGCAGCUCAAGGAAAUUUUUUGGAAGUGUUAAACAUGUCGUUAAAUGUAUUCGAAAAACAUUACCUUGACAGAAGUUUCGACAGAACUGGCCAGUUGUCUGUGGUUAUCACUCCAGGGGUAGGUGUUUUUGAAGUCGAUAGAGAAUUGACAAAUGUCACAAAGCAACGUAUUAUCGAUAAUGGUGUUGGUAGUGAUUUAGUUUGUGUAGGAGAGCAACCUUUACAUGCAGUACCGUUAUUAAAGUUUCAUAAUAAAGAUAGCAUAAAUGCAGUUGAUGAUUAUAGUAUGCCUCAUUGGAUAAAUCUUAGUUUUUAUUCGACAAAUAAAAAAAUUGGUCAUUCAAAUUUUACUCCUAGAAUAAAAUUACCGCCUAAAAAACCAUCACCCAUCAUCGCUCAAGAUUUAGUUAAACAAAAAUUAAUUCAAGAUGAAGAAACUUUACCGAAUUCGGUUUUUGAUUACGAUGCAUACGAUGCUCAAGUUUUUCAGUUACCAACAUUUCCCGCUUCACGACUUUCUCGCGGUGAUUUGAAAACAAUCGGUAAGAUUAUAUAUAAAAAAGGAAGCGUAACCGUGGAUGGACCGGAUCCACAUAAAAUUUCUAGAAAAUUAUCGGAUCCGGAUAUUCAUCACAUGCUCGCAGAUUCAUCCGCAUCCCCUCAUACAGCAAGCAGUAUAAAUUCUACUUCGUUAUCUAUCGGUAUCGGUUUGACAUCUUCGUCUUCCAUAAAACAAAUAAAGCCUCAAAUGUCACAGGAUUUAAGUUUGUCAGACGGAGAUAGACAUAUUGCGGGAAGCGCCGGUUCUUCUCUUACUCCCACUCAAACAUUAAUGCCCUUACGUUGCGGAAGAGGUUUAAUUAAUCCUUUUGAUCCUUCUCACGUCACAAUAAAACUAACAUCGAAUAGGAGAAGAUGGACUCAUAUUUUUCCAAAAGGUCCGACGGGUGUUUUAAUACAGCAACAUCACUAUCAAGCUGUUCCUGCUCAAGUAAGUAACGAUACCUCCUAUCAUUUGGGAUCUUCUUCCGAUCUACCGACGGCUUCCUCCACUUCGAAUUUAAAUGACGGUGUUAAAAGAAACCGCGGAGUCAGUUUAAGCGCAGAACCACCCGCAAAAGGGAACAAAGCUCUUUUAUGGGGUGCUACUGGAGAACAAGAAUGGACGCCAGCACUUACAACGGGAGUCGAUUGGAAAUCGUUAACCAUACCUGCUUGUUUGCCCAUAACCACGGAUUACUUUCCCGACAAAAGAAGUUUGCAAUACGAUUAUCUUUUAUCGGAUUAUGAUUUGCUACCUGAUGACGUCAACGCGGAUUUCGCACAACAUCGUGCCGUGUAUAAGAAACCGCUGACGACGAAAGAAGUUUUCAAAGAAUUGGUAUCGCAAAGAUUGGCACAGGGUUUUCAACUCAUCGUUCUUCCCAAUUUAAACAAAGAAUCGCAAAACACUCAGGGAAAGUCGUUGGUUAGAAGUCAUCAUGCGACCAACAAUCUUGAACCUUCGGAAGAAUAUUUACUCAGCAUCGGAAGAAUUUUUCAUAAGAUAUCUCUUUCAGGUUCUUCCAUCACCGUGACAAGGUACAGGCCACGUCAUCCGUAUCCGCCAUUUAAUAUUCACUAUCAGUACAGAUUUCAAGCUCCCGAUCAUCCGACGUACGAAAUGUCGAGGGUGUCUUUCACGACGGAAAAAUUAGAAAAUUACAGUUGGAAUUUUUUAGAUCAUUAUAUUUGCACGCGGGGAGACACCGAUUUUCCAUUGGCUGAGAAUUUAAAAUACUGGAGAUUUCGGAUAUAUUUACUUCCUUUGUCGUGGAACGCGACGGUAACGAAAAAAAUAAUGGAAGGUUCGAAACAUUGUGACAUGUACACGUGGACGACGGUUCAAGAGCAGACGACGCUUUUAGAAUCAUUUCUACGUUACAUCGAAACGGGAAUAAAUAAGAUAAAAAGGCCGAACGUUUGUAAAAAACCGAGAAUUUAUUUCGAUAAUCGAACUUUAAAAUUAUCGAAUAAAAUUCGAGAGAGCCCACCGCUAGGCACAUACCUCUAUGGACGUAGACGUCAUAGCACGGGUAUCAUCGCUUUAGCUCAUAACACUAACUCCCAGAGCGGAGGAAUUGGAAAUUCACCUUUCAGGGAUCGUUUGGGAAGCAUAAGACUUUUAGACAGGCAAAGACCAAACUUGAAAGCGAUCGAGAGGGGAAAAAUAUCGUCUACUUCUGAUAAUUUUUCAUCGCCUGAUAAUUUCAAUUUCGAUUCCGAAACCAACGAAGAUUCUCAAGGGAAUUCGGAGCCGACAAAAUUAAAAAAUACGUCAUCCCUCGCCGAAAUACUCGAGGCCAUGACGCAUGGAACUUCAAAUCAUCCGUUUUUCGUUCAACAUCCCAGUUUGCCUUCCAUGACGUUUACGAGUGCCGACGCAGUUCAAUGGUUGAUUCAACACGUCGAAGGUGUUGAAAAUGGAGAUGAUGCGAUCGCCAUAAUGGAAAAAAUGUUGAAAGAAAAAAAAAUAUGUCACGCUUCUGGAGAUUUUAGUCUUCCGUUCAUCGUCGGCUACUACCUCUAUCACGUUUGCGUUAACGUUGCGGAUUCUAAAGAUUCCGAUUAUUCUCCUCCACUUCACGACCUUCACAGUUUUGAAAACGAAUGGGUCGAAAUUGAAAUUCAACAUCCGAAUAAUUGGCGGCAAAAUUUUGAAAAUAAAACGGCGGAAACGACGGUACCGAAAUUUUUAAAUGACAUUCUCGAAGAUAAAUGUCAGGAUGAUCAGGAGCAAUCUUCGAGAGAUUGGAAAACUCCCAUGUAUAAACAAGUUCAUCUUGAAAUCGAUGUGAAUAACAAAAGCGAUAGAAUCGAAUGGGGUCACUGCAGGUAUCAGUCAUUUUAUCGACCCGAUAGAGCUUUCGAAUUGGUCAUUCAAUGGAUGGCUGCUUCCGGUACAAUCGUUGCCGAUUUGAUAUCCGGUUGGGCUCGUAAAUCCCAAGCAUGCGGGAUUCAAAUGAUUCCAUUACCCGGAGAUCCACUUUCAUUACCGUUCAACGAUAGAUCGGAUCCCUUGAGGGGACCGUUAUUUGUGCCUCUCGACACGGAAUGCCUCAUGGGUAACAAGAGUUACCUCUUUCAAGAUUUUCCCGAAUCGUCUUGGGACGCUAGACUCGUUCUUUUGCAAGAAGCCAUCGUUCAAAGAUUCGGUUUCAUAGCUUGCGUGGUGGAAAGUAGAAAAUCCGUGAGAGCAUCCUAUAGAAAUUUAUAUAAUCAUCAUCAUCAAUACGUUCACGUGACAGGAAAUAUGUUCAUACUCAUUCCGUCGACGCCAUGUUCGAAAUUAAAAGAAAGAAUGGUUCAAAAUUCGAUAAGCGUGGGAUCCCGUAGUUUCGAUCAUCAUCAACAAUCGAGUAGGAAAUAUCCGAUUCAAUCAGAUGUCGCAUGUAGUCCUCACGAAGAAUACAUAACGAGACAUGUUUACGGGAAUAAAAAAGCUUAUAACGAAUCCGAUUCCAGGCCUGGGUUUUUAUGGUUUUGGAAUCACAUGGUUAGCAGGCGGUGGAAAUGUUCUUCUACUCCGGCAACGGGUGACGAAGUUUUUCAAAAUAAAAUACUUGAAGAUUUCCGACAAUUUUGUUCGAAUCAAGAUAAUCGUUUGAAAUCGUUUUGGGAUGAAAGCUAUGAAAAAUUUCAAAAAUAUAAAAACGAAGUAAACCGGCGGAUAUAA